UCAAUCAACACACCUUAAUAAACUUAACUUAAACACAACUUGCCUUCUUCAAUCAAAACAGCAACAAGCAUGCAAUUUCCAUCCAUUUUCUUCUGCUUAUCCGGAGUCAGGUCACGGGGACAGCAGCCUAAGCAGGGAGGCUCAUACUUAUCUCUCCUCAGCCACUUGGGCCAGCUCCUCCAGGGGAAUCCCAAGGCAUUCCCUGGCCAGCCGAGAGGCGUCGUUCCAUCAUUCAAAUAUAUACUUAAAUAAAUGUAAAAGUAAAACCCCAAUAAUAAAUGUAUCCACAGCUAAUGAAAUGCAUUCUGUAUUUAUUACUCCAUCAUUAAGCUGUUUACUCAGACCACCAGAUACUUCUAAUAUAGGUCAAGCUAUUCAAAAAUGCUUAGAUGGGUUUAAAGUGGAAGAAGGCCUUUAAAUGAUUUUUUUCUAUAACAAUCAACAAUUUAAACUGGAAAAUAAUGAUUGAAAAAGAUUUCCAAACCUUCACAUCCAACUGUUAGUGUGACUACAAAAGAAACUUAAAUCUGUGAGAGGUUAAAUACUUUUCCACACCACUGUAUGUUCCUGUGCCCAAAUGAUCCUUAACUCAAACUUCUCUGUGGUCAAAACAUUUUAUCCGGCUCCUUUAAUUGGAUUUCAUGCAGCAGUCAAAUUCAAAGACAGUAAUGACAAUGAGGUGGUAGAACGUGAAAGACUGAACCAAUCAUUCGAAGAUAUUUAAUCUUUUAAUUCUGAGUGGUCAAGCUGAUAUUAAGAACACUUUCAGAUGGGCUGGAUGUUUAUGAUCCUCCAACAUGAUCUAAUAAUGUAAAGUAUCCACCUUCAUGAAAGCCAGUUUGAGUCUGCAUCUAGACUGAUAAUAUAGUGGUAGAUGAAGCCUUGGGGGGAUAUUUUGACACUUAGGAGGAUUUCCUGCGCUGAACUGGGGGAAGAUCUUUGGGAUUUCACAAUAACGGGUUUUACGGACCGCUCACGGCUGCGUACACAGGAGCUUUAUUUAUCCUGCCCGUGGUGGAUGACAGGCAGUUUCUCCUUCAGCUCUGGAGAGUAUGUAGAGGAGAGUUUCCUGCAGUUGUAUAAUUGAUGUUAUAAAUGAUGCAAGAAGAGGCAAAACAAUGUUGAUUUUACACCUUUGGCUGAGUGUUCUGUGCGUCAUGCCCAUUCGCUGCUUUUUUGAUGGAAAGUGUCCCAGAAAAGACCCUCCUACUGGUGUGGUGGCUAUUACUCCAGGAAGUAGACUGGUCCUAUCCUGUAGCGGGCAUGUGAAGGUGGACGGAGUAAAGGUCGUUCUAAACAGUUCAAACAAAAGAAGGCCAGCUUCAGUCCGACAUGCAACCACUCAAAAGGGGCCCAGUAAUGCUGUAGUCCCCACUAAAAAUGAUCAGACUUCUCUGCUGAAUCCAGUAAAUGAGAGAAACCUUUCUCCUACUGCUGAGACCGGAGUCAGCUCUGAGCAGGACAAAUACACCGUUUCCCCUCUCACGGUCCAUCCAGCCUCCAUGAGCAAAAUGAUGAUGGAUGGUUUCGACUGGGAGGAUAAAGAGAUGGAAAGUAAUGAUGAUGAGGUGGAGGAGGGAAAAGGGAGCAGAGUAACUAGAGGCGUCAAACCGAGGCCUGAGUGGACGUGGAACAAACAGCUGGUGCAAAAAGGAGACACAAACCAGGGGGAGGUCACAUUUCUGAAUCACGGAACGUCUCUCUCUCUGGAGUCGGUGAGACUGACAGAUGCAGGGCAAUACACAUGUCACCACAGAGGGACAGAGACAUUUACUGUUAAAUUAGUUGUUGCAGAUCCACCAGAGACUCCCAGUCUGUCCUGCUACAAAAAGUCACCCAGAAGUACAAUCCACUGUGAAUGGAGGCCUCGGAAGCCCAUCACAAAGCUGCCGAGCAGCUACCUCCUACUGAGCAAAGGUAAGCCAGAUAACUUCCACCAGAUUCCCUGCUCGUACUCGUCUCAGCGGUCCCUCUGCUCAUGUGCUCUGGAGCAAAACGAAAACGAGCUGAGGAUCCCACAUGUGGCCUCCCUGUGUGUUUCGAGCUUCGUAGGAAACACCACCAGCCCUCUAUUUUUUUUCAAACCUCUAGACAUCUUGAAGCCUGACCCCCCCUCUGAUGUGAAAACCCACCAGCUGGAACAGCAGGAGAAAAAGAUAAAGGUCACCUGGAACUUGCCACUGACCUGGAGCAAGCAAGAUAACUUCUAUGACAUAAUUUAUGAGAUCAGAUAUCGACCCUUGACAUCUGUAAAUAACCUGGUGUGUAAAAUUAAAAGCAAUCGCUUCUACAUCAUUGCUGAUGCUUUGCCUGGUGUCGAGUAUCUGAUUCAGCUUCGAACCAAGGAAGAGUAUGAUGGACUGUGGAGUGAGUGGAGCUCACCUGUAUAUGCCAGGAGCUGGACAGCUGAAAGUGUGGAGGGUGGUUUCCCAACACCAACGAUUGAUUUGCUGACUCUGGACUUAGGUUCUGGUUUGCCAAACGACAACUAUCCUGAUGGGUCUGAAACUGACAGUUGCAGCAGCUCAGAUUAUCCAUACAUGUCACACCAUGUCAUUUGGAUUUCUGUUGUUUUUGCCUCCGUAACAGCCAUUUUGGCUAUCUACAUUUUCAGACACAAGGACAAAUUGAUGUCUAAAUUUCACAAACUUCAUCAGAUCACCCAGCUUGGUGACCCACCUCCAUCUUCACCAUCCCUUCAAGCAGCUUCAGAGAGACAGACUCUGGUGACCUUUGACCCCCAGCUUUACAAGAAACGGCCACCAAGUGACACACAGGAGAAAGAAGAAAAUGAGGAAAAACAACUUGUGACGGGCAGGACUGAAGCUUUGACCUUUAAUAACACGAGUUAUUUCUUUCUGCGGAGGGACUGAUGGAUGUAAAUGAAACUGGUCUUUUAGACGGCUUCUACGGUUUGUUUCACAACUUUGAGAUCCAGCAGGAAAAUUGACUUUUUGAACAAGCUGGUGGGAAACUCAGGGACAUCUUGUAUAAACUGUAAAUACAUUUCUGAAGCACUAUUUCACUCAGGAAUUUACUCCGUAUGACGUUUGAAGCAUUUUCCUUGUUGUCCUGCAGUUGUUCCAACGAUCAGCAGUUUCUAGACAUCUCAACGCUCUGUUGUAAGAACACUUUUUAAGCGAGUGAAUCUUACAAUAACUCACAAUUUGAUUCCAAGUCUUGGGGUUGAAAUUUUAUAUAGAAUAAACACUCUUAGUCUAAGCCCUAGAAAAGCUGCAACACACUUUGAACUCGCUGACACACAUUCACGUGGGUCAUGCAGCACUCAUGAGCUCAGCACUGCCGAGCAGCUUCUGGCAGGACUGAACGCUAAAACUACCUUUUCUCAUUUGCACAAUGAUUUUUGGGUGAUAAUUGACCAAUAUUGUGUAUUAAUUAUUUUUUCAAAGCAUAUAUCUAUUGGAACAGCAGGAACAACAUUUAUUUUUAAAUUUCAGAGGGCCGCCAGACUGCAAACACAACAUGGAAAACUCUUAUGGUACAUAUUUAUCAUAUUUAGAUAAAAUAAGUAUAAUUGUUUCUAGGAUUUAGUACUAACUAUAAUCUUCAGUCUGUUGUAUGUGCCUGGUGUUAGAUGGAAAAGGUGCUGAAUAGCACAGCUAACAAGUUUUUAUGGCUUGGGGGAAACAUGUGGCUGUAAAUGCAUCGAUAAUCCUGCUGAUUGUGCUUCCAGCCUAACAACUAGUGUAAAAUAGUAACUAAUUCAAUAAAAUCUAAAUAAAACUGUUUCUGUUCUGUCAAAAUGAGUGUGAGUGAGUUGUGCAAAACCAAAUAACCAAACCUUUUCUAUAUAUUUAUUUAUUAAAAGCCAUUUGUCAUAAUAACA